AUGGGUCACCAGCAGCUCUGCUACAGCCAUCCAAGGAAAUUUGGCCAGGAUUCUUCUUCUUGCCUUGUCUGCUCAAACCAGCAUGGUUUGAUCCAGAAAUCUGGCCUUAACAUGUACUGCCAGUGUUUCUGUCAAUACAUGAAGGCUAUAGGCUUCAUUAAGUUGGAUUAAGUGAACUUUCUUGAAUGGGUAAUCCAAGAUACCUACCUUAACUGCAGUUGGGAUAAGUUACCUUAAUCCCAACUCAUUGUAUAUAAAAUAAAAAUACUUCAAUUA